AUGAGUGAUGUUGAGGCGGUUUCCCUACCCGCUGCUCUGGACGUCGACCAGAAUCCCCUCGCUGCGGUGAAGACGGAUGCUCCAGGACCUUCGUACCCUAGGAAGUCUGAUUUCGCUCCAGCUUCACCCUCACACCUGACGAGUAAUGGAAGUAAUGGCUUGGAACCGGUGGAUUCGGAGAUGGCAGAGCAGGACGAUGAGCUAGAGGGUCCCCCAAGCCCCAAGGCUGAUUCUGAGGCAGAAACGAUCAUCCAGUCAGGACGAGAAUCCCUAUCACCAGAGAAGAAGAGAAAGCACAUCCGACACGACCCUAUUCGUCAGGUUGUCGAUGGUAUCGAUGGAGGUCUGCGCAAGAGGCCGCGCAUCAAUGCCGACCGUGGAAACCGGCUCUCUAGGGAUUCUCGAGGAUCCCGUUCACCCAGCCCGUCCCAUCGACCUUCUUCGCCCCCUUCAGUUGUGAAAGUUGAAAGAUCGGAUGAUCCUCCCUCUGUGACGAAGGAGGUGUUGACGGAGAGUAAUGCCAAUGAUGUGGACAGGCCUCGGCCGUAUCGAAAACGAAGUUUCAGCGACAGCGUGGAUGAGAAACGAGAGCGCAGGCGCGACUCCCACGCCAGCUCAACCAUCCGCGAACUGAAAAAUAAUGACAGUCUCUUUCCUCGCCCUCGACCUUCCUCCAAUGCUCGUUCCGUUUCUCCGACUCGCUCCUCCCAUCAACGAUCGGCCUCUGGAUCGCAGCUUCCCUCCAAGAGGAAGGUACCUACCCCGUUGACCGGUUUCCAACGUCAAAGCUCCGAGGAUCGGCAAUCAACAUCCUCCUCUGCUAGUGGUUCUCCCAUGCCAAGUACUCAUCUCCGUCGACUCGGUUCUGGAGUGGGCGCGUCCGCUUCACCUGCAAAACACAUGGGUCCUAAGAAGUUACGCGACAAAAGUGGCCGAACGCCUUUGGCUAGGGCAUGUGCCGAUCGAAAGUAUGACCAGGUGGUCAUGCGCCAUGGCGAACGUCCCGAGGAUUUGAACAUUCCCGACAACGCUGGCAACACCCCUCUCCAAAUCGCAUCCUUGAAUGGAGAAGGCUCGAUCGUGAAGUUUUUACUGGGUGCUGGCUGCGAAAUUGACACUAAGAACAUCGACAAAGAUACCCCUCUCAUUGAUGCAGUCGAGAAUGGAAAUGUCGAAGUGGUGAGACUGCUACUUGAAGCUGGAGCAAACCCCCGCACAGUGAACGCUUCUGGCGAUGAACCCUACGAAUUAGUUCCAACAGAUCUGGACAAGGACGAGUACGAUGAGAUCCGAAAAGCACUUGCCGACGCGAAGGCAAACCUACGGCCCAGUCGACGAUCCGAGGAGCAGAUCGGCCCAGACACCAAGAUUUCAUCAAGACGAGCGUCGGUUGCAAGCCCCUCGCGAAGCCCCCCACCACUGGGGGGUGCUUCGAAUCGCCGGAAGACUGGACGGAGUGAGGUUACAAGAAAUGAUUUGUUGUGGACCCAAGCGACAUCCGAAAACCUGCGAGACUUCGCUGCCAAGGGUGACGAAGUCGGAGUUGUUAGUAUCCUGAACAUCCUGCAAAAGGCCGACAAUGCAUCUUUGAUUGCUGCUGCGAAGGGGGGUCAUCAUGAUGUUCUUUCCCUCAUGUACGCCAUGGGAGAUGCCGAUGCCGACCCUGAUCCCCUGCGCGGCCACAAGCCAGGCUAUAACACUCCCAUGCUCGCGGCUAUCGGAAGAGGCAAGUCUGAUGUCGUCAGUCUCAUUCUUUCCCAACCUGGUUUCAAUCCCACCCGUCGACUUUUCGAAGACCGAUCUUACCAUGAGCUUUCCCGAGCCCGACAAGGUGAAGACUGGGAGGAAGAAUACGACCUUCUGAAGGCAGCUUAUGUGAAGGCUGGAGGCUCUGACAAAGACCGCAAGGAUUUGCAUUCACCACGACGAGCGCGUCCUAAAGAGAAGGACGACAAAAGGUCAUCGCGGCGUCAGUCAUCUUCUCCUGUGGCUCGACAGAAAAAACCUGUCGAAAGUCCAAAUACCAACCGCCCACGAUCUGCCAAGGAGGUGCAAAUGAUGAAGGAAAAAAGACGAGAAAAAGAGAAGGCGCGCGAGAUGGGCCGACCGAAGUCGUCUGCUCGUGAUGGUAGUGAUGCUCUCGCCAGUUCUGACCAUGAUUCGGCACGUACCGACUCUGUCAAGCCUAAAACUGGUAUCUCUGCUCGGAGAGGUAGCGAGUCUAGUGGCGUGGCUCGAAGUGAAGAAGUGAAGAAGAGACGCCUCAUCGCAGGGCGACGCCCCCAGGAUCAUGACCGCAGGCCGAGUCUGUUUUCGUCCGAUUCUCUUUCUGGUCGCGAGGAGGCACCAAAAUCACGCAACGAUACCAUUCCCGAUACCAACUCCUCACUCAAGCGCAUCCGUGCCGAUGACGCCUCCCCUCCCCGAGCUCGCUCUCGCGACACAGAAAGUGAUCGACUGUCACCCGAACGAAAAAAGAAACGACGUGUUGUUUCCGAAGAGAAAUCCGCAAAUAUGCCCAACGGUGGCUCUAAGAAACAUGAAGAUACAGGCGCGAGUGAGAAGACUCAACCUCGUCGACCCCCCGAUGAUACCCCGCGUGGUGAUGGUCCGGGACGUAACCUUGGUCCUCCCUCGAAGAAACCAGACACCCCUUCACAAGCAUCGGACAACGCACCACCAGAAGAGUAUGGUGCAAUCAAGACAGAGCCCCAGGAACCCGUUACAAACUCAGUUGCUGAGGUACCCACCAAUACAAAGCGUGAAGACCAAGAAGCAGAGAAGCGUCGAGAGGCGGAGGCAAAGAAAGCCGAUGAGGAACGCGUGGCCGAAGCAAAACGUCGCCAAGAAGAAGAAGCGGAACGGGAGGCCAAACGCAAGGCCAAACGCGAGGCUGAACGGGAAGCUGAACGGGAAGCUGAACGGGAGGCUGAACGAGAAGCUGAACGAGAAGUCGAACGUCAGGCAGAACGUGCUCGUCUUGCCAAGGAAGAAGCCGAUCGAGCUGCCCAAGCUGCCCGUGCUAAGGUCGAAGAAGAUGAACGCAAGCGCAAGGAAGCCGAGCAGCGACGCGUGAAACAAGCCGAAGACGAGCGCCAAAAGCGCAUGGAACAAGAACGGGCUCGCCUUCUGAAAAUCCGUCGCGACCAAGAGGCCCUUGAACAACGACGUCGGGAUGCUCUGCCAGGUCGCCUUCGCAUAUCUGCCAAUUUCGUGGGAUCUAAUGAUCCCCGUGCUCGAAGCCAUUCCUGGCUUACGAACUUCAUGCCUCUCGUCACGGCGACCACCCGACAACUCGACCCCGAAUGUGUUGGAGAAAUGGCGAAUGACAAAUGGAUUCCGAAUUACUUGGUUGCACCCUUGCUGGCGACCAAUGACCUCCAACUCUCUCAGUAUGCCAGCUGGGAGAAACGCAAUGCAACUGAAACCCAGCGCAUGAAUCUCUGGCGAUGCACCCGCCGGAUGCUGGUGUACACCGAUGACCCAAAAUACCGCAACGCAUCGUUUGGAGAGAUCAUGCAGCUGGAUUGCGACACACGGCCCAAAUACUUCGAAAUGGAGCAUAUCUUCUGGAUCCGACUCUCUGAUUUCACGGAUCUCGUUCCACACAUCCCGCAUCUCAAUGGCCUCGACCUGACUUUCCUCAGCAUGCAUAUCGACCCCGAGCCAUCAGAUGCCCCGAUUGUGGCGGAGAACGCCCAAGUCAAUGGGCACUCCUCGGGCAUACUCGCGGCCGAGACAAACGGCUCCACAGGACUGAAUGGCCAUAGCUUGCCUCGGCCUGGUACAUACUUCUAG